AUGCGAAAAGUACAGGAAGUCGACGAUAGUUUCUUUGAGAAAUUCGGUUCGAUAUUAAAGCAGGCUUCACAAAAAGCUGCUUUAGAGGAAUCCACGCCUUUGGCUCCGUUGAAAGAGGUAGAAGAACAAGAUGGGGAGCAAAAAGCUGUCACAGAUGUCAGCGAGAGUAGAAGUGUCACGCGAGACUCAGACAGCGGCAAUGAGACACUACUAGACACUGACUCGGAGCAUGAAGAUUCUGAGAAAUUGGAUUACUACGUAGAAGCUGUUGGUUGGAAUGUGGAUGAAUUGUAUUUGGAAAUUCUAUACGAAAUCCUUCACAAUGUCGGCGGAUGUGACGUAGGUUGCGAGGUUGGAGCACAGGCUAUGCUAUCAUAUGUGCAAGAGGCUUUCAAGAUAUCCAAUGAGAAGCACAUGGAACUACUCACACAGGCAGAGGCGAAAGAGCCACCGGAAUUGAUGCUUAACGUAGAAGUGAUAGAAGGAAAGGACCUAGUACCAAAAGAUCCGAGUGGUUUAAGCGAUCCGUUCGUCACAAUAUAUUUAAUGUCAAACACUUCCCAUAGAUAUAACACGUCAGUUAAAUCAGGCACGCUGAAUCCAGUGUGGGAGGAACAUUUUUCAUUACCAAUGCCGGGUAGUCUUCAGGAAGAUUCUCUUUGUUUAGAAGUUUGGGACUUUGACCCAGCGGAGACAGUUAAAGAGAAAAUGACGAAGAUAUUUGAAGUUAAAGAUGUUAAGGGCCUUCGAAAGCUGAUGAAGGAAAUAGCUAUCACAGCUUCUACUGGAAAACAUGACAACGAACUCAUUGGUACCGCGAAUAUACCACUAAAAUCAAUCCCAGCCGGUGGUAUGGUAAUGUGGCUGAACCUAAGCAAGAAAAGUAAGUUGAGACGGCAAGGAGUCGUGAAGGUCCGGUUUAACUUCUCAUCAGAAAAGAACUCUCAAGUUGCUGCACAGGAACAUAGACAUCUGUUGAGGAUACUUUUACUACAUGAGUUGGAGAGCUCAAAGGUGGCGCCAUAUUGGUGGUGUGGUAACUUCAGCGCUGCUGCGGAAGGGGUUCUAACCCAACACGCUGCGCAAAGCGGCUUAACCCCUUUAGAAGACCGCCUCUCUCAGUGGGUCGUGUUCUGUUCUGUAACCCCCGACCACCCGCUAAGCUUCGCCCUCUUCACCAGCUUACUGGACAAGCUGGCUAAGCCGCUACAGUCCGGUCUCGUUAACGAAGAGGAUCGAAAGCUUUUUUGGGACGGAGCGAAAAAAUUACUGCCAACGUGUUACAGUCACGUACGGAAAUUGAGGAAAAAGACGGCUGGCGAUAAAACGGUUAUGAAGACUUUGAGAGAAGUGCUCAGAAUACUUCACAAGCUAUCCGUAAUGGAUGUACCGGAAUCAAUAGAUUUGUUCCCCACAAAUCUAUAUGGAUGGCUGAGGAAUGACGAAAAACUGACCAUACAUGAAGUUUUGAACCAGGCAGCUAUACAGGGUGCGUCGGAUUGGUUCGUCCAUAUAUUAGAUAAUAAUGAAUGUAAGGAUAAAACCGAAGAAUCAAGGUUACAGCAUCUAAUAAGAGUCAUACAGUUGGUUAGAUCCGAUUUACAAAGGGCUGUUGAAUAUUUCGAUAGGGUUUUCGUUGAAGUAAUGAGUUUUCCGUACUCCAAAGUUUUAUACGGUGUGUAUGAAGAUAAGAUUGCGUCGUUGGUUGAACCUGAAGUUAUUCAAGUGUGUAAGAGCAUGAAGCGUUUAAGAUAUAGUGAGGGUUCAACGAAUAGUGUCUUUUUGGCUGGAGGUUUGAACGGCGAGACUGGUUUGGGAGCUACAGAGGUCGGUUCCGAGCCGUUAGCCAUGGGAACCACACUAUUUGAACUGUAUCUAGCUUUGCAGAGGUUUUUAACAUUGGGUCAAGGUCUAAAUGAAACUGAGUGGCAGAACUACUCUAUAUCGAAAUUCCAUUCGUGGUUCUACGGCGGUGUGGCCCAAUGGUUGGAUAUAGCGGCAUAUAAGGCUCUCACUCGUAUAGAAAAGGCCAUUGAGUUGGAUAAUUUGGCGCCUGUUGACGCUAACGUAAAAUACAGUAGUUCUGGAGUUGAUACGCUCGCAAUAUUCUAUCAGAUAAAGAUAUUCUGGCAGCAAUUAUCCUGGCCUGAUGUUGAAGGAUGUUACGCGUUCGUGGCGAAGAUUAUAGAUGACAUCUGCCGUUGCUGCGUGUUCUUCGCUGAGCGGAUGUCCGGUCGCGUGGAGGGCGCGGGGUCAGUGACCUCUGUAUACGAGGAACGUUUUGAGGUCACCACCGAAUGGUGUGUAGCCAUCAACAACAUAGACUACGUGCGACAGAGCCUUACGCCUUUCGUCGCUGAACUGGGAAUGGAUGACAUCAUCAAUAGGAUGUGUGAGGCCAGAACACCAUUAGAGGCACAGAGAUGCAAAGAAACUUUACAGAACGUUCUAGCAAACGCAAUAGACACGGUUAAAAAUAAAAUUGCUGAACUGUUAGAAAUAAUGAUCAAAAAGAUGAUGCCAUCUAUAACCAGAUUCUUGGUCGAAGGAGCGGAACUCCUUCAUCAAGACUGUUCAAGCAUGGACCGCGUCAUGAGGUACCUUGAAGAUAAUUUGGAUACAUUGUAUCAUCACCUCAACAAUGAGAACUUCUCCAGAACUUUAGAUAUAGUGUGGGAACAGCUGGGCGAAGUUCUUUACGAACUCAUUCAAGCUAAUCUAGAGCACCGAAGGGCAAAGAUAGGUCGCUAUAUCGACCCGAGGAGGCUCACAAAAUCAGCCGCUGCGGUUGUGGACGCGAAACGUCGUCCGCCAGCAUUCUUUCACAAUCUGCACGAAUGUCUCAAAAUCAUGGUGAGAUCUUUCCGUCAGGAUAAUAAAGAGACUUUUACUUCUGAGACUCUGAAGAGAGUUGAAUAUUUAUUGAAGCUUCAUGGCAUGGAGACUAGGGAAUUGAUACAUCAGUAUCACUUGGAACGGUGGCAGGAACAGCAGGCCGUCACUGAACCGAAAAUGGGAUUAUUAACAGUGAGGGCGCAGUUUGUAGAGGAUAAUCUGAAAAUUGAAAUCAUGAACGCUAGGAACUUAAUGCCGACAGACUCAAAUGGUCUAUGUGAUUCAUACGUCCGAGUGGGCCUGCUUCCUGAAGACACAUUCGCUAACGUUGAGAAACCGAAGACACAAACACACAGCAAGAAUCUGUUUCCAUUGUACGACGAAAUGUUCCUCAUUCAGCUGAGCUCAUCCCAAGUGAACACAACCAACGGCCUCAUCCACUUGGUGGUGAAGGACAAGGACAUGUUCAGUGUCAGCAACACGUUCGUUGGCGAGGCUUAUCUACACUUUAGUGAGGUGGUUCAUACUAAUGCACCUAUAUCGAGUCUGCCGCAACAACACUUGCCGCUAUCGAGGCCAGCUAACAUAGACGGCGACGCUAUCAAGGCGUUGGAAUCAAGACAAGGUGACAAACAAGCGCGGGAGUUCCUCAAGAAACAGAGACAGAAGAUGCCAAGCAAGCAAUUCUUUUCAUUAGGAUGA